AUGGCCCAAAAACUGAAAGUCCUAUUCGUGCCGAUCGACGCCAUCGGACACGUGAAUGCGGCCAUAGGUAUAGCACAGGUACUACUGGACGCCGGACACCAGUGUCUAUUUGCCAUAAACACCCAAUGGAAGGGUCGGCUCACAAAGUACGGCAUCGAGGAGGUGCUCAUCGCACAGGACGACAGGCCCACGGAUGUAGACCCGGCUCAACACUGGGCCGACCUGUUUGUGAACGGGGGCGGCAUUAAAGACACGACACCUUUGGAAACGGCGAUCAAUAUUAGCACUAAACUGACGCCACAUUUCAACGAACAGAUGAAAGGUUUGGAUGUGAUAGUGGACGGACUGUUGAGGGAUAUACGACCCGAUGUGGUGAUCGUGGAUCAGGUGAGGUGCAUACCGGCGCUGGAGUUAUCAGGCAUACCAUGGGUGGCCACAUGUAGUUUCAAUCAACUGUUUUUCAUACCGGAUGAGCGCACACCUCCUUAUUUUUCAGGUCUGUCGAUUACUAGCCCUAAAAGCGAGUGGAAAGCCUUCAAGGAUGCCAUAAACUCAGCUGAAUAUGCCGGUUGGAAAACAUUUAACGAUUGGGUUGUAUCACGUGGUAUACCCCCUCUGGAGGCCAAUCGGUUUAAUAGGGACUCAAAGUAUUUAAAUAUAUAUGGCUUUCCACUGGAGUUGGACUAUUCGGAUAUCAGACCAUUGCCUCCAAAGUGGCAUAGAUUUGAUAAUCUUAAACGGACUGAACUACAGGACACGUUUGAGAUACCGGUGCAGUUGAGGGACAGACCGGGAAAGUUGAUAUACUUCUCGAUGGGAUCUAUGGGUGGAACAGAUGUGGAGAAUAUGAAGAGAUUAGUGACUAUUUUGUCGAAAUCUAAGCACAGAUUCAUUGUAUCGAAAGGACCCAAACAUUCGGAGUAUGAAUUAUCGGAUAAUAUGUGGGGCGCGGCUACUGUUCCCCAAAUACAAGUCCUACCGUUAGUUGAUUUGGUGGUAACCCAUGGAGGGAACAACACUAUUACUGAAACCUUUUACUUUGGGAAACCAAUGAUAGUUAUGCCCCUAUUUGGUGACCAGAAUGAUAACGCCCAGAGAGUUGAGGACAAAGGGUUUGGUAUACGACUCGAUGCCUACCAGUGCUCUGAGUCUGAAUUAUUGACAGCAAUUGAUAAGCUAUUGAAUGAUAAGAAAUUGAUUGAGAAUCUGAAGACUAUAUCCAAAAGAAUACAAUCGGAUAAUAGUAUCGCAAAACUUCCUGAACUUAUUGAAGGUUUAGUUAAACAUUAA